AACUGGAACCUUUCACUCUCUUCCUCCCCUCACCCCGUCCUACUCUCACAUAUCUGCUUCAGAAGCCUGAGCAGAGCUCUUGGCCACAGUGAGGAUCUUUGGGUACCUGCUGCAACAGGAUGGCUGAGAAACAGGAGCAGCCCCAAGCCUCCCAGAAUGGUGAAAAGAUGGAAAAUGCAGAAAAUGCGGAAAAUGCAGAAAAUGCAGAGGAGGCCGAGAAGCCAAAGCUGGAGCCUCUGCCACCAUUUGAAAUUGUGGCCGGGGAACGUCUUCCAGCCUUCUUUUUCAAGUUCCAGUUCAAGAAUGUAGAAUACAGUUCAGGCAGGAACAAGACCUUCCUGUGCUAUAUUGUAGAGAUUCAAGGCAAGGAAUCAAAAACCUUAAAAGGCUAUCUGGAGGAUGAGCAUGCAGCAGCCCAUGCAGAAGAUGGCUUCUUCAAUACCAUCCUGCCCACCUGCGAGCCAGGGUUCCGCUACAAUGUCACUUGGUAUGUGUCUUCUAGCCCCUGUGUGGGCUGUGCUGAACGGAUAACAAAGGCACUGCAGAAGAACAAGAACCUGCGACUCUCCAUCGCAGUAGGCCGUCUCUUCAUGUGGGAGGAACCUGACAUCCAAGCUGCUCUGAGGAAAAUGAAAACUGCUGGCUGCAAACUGAGGAUCAUGAAGCCUCAAGACUUUGAAUAUAUCUGGAAGAAUUUUGUGGAGCAGGAAGAAGGGGAGGAAGCAAAGGCAUUUACUCCCUGGGAGGACAUUCAAGAGAACUUCCAGUAUUAUGAAGAAAAACUAGCUGAGGUUUUGCAUUGAGUUUCAUGAGAAAUCUGCUAAAACUGUGGAGAGACAAGCAUGAUAUACUUCGACAUCUGGGACUCCCUAUUCAGUCCUCCAGAGCCACUUCGAAACAGAAAAACACAAGUCUCUGGCUGACAUGCCACUCUGCUGAUAGACUAAAAAUACAUUUACUGUGCUGCAUGUAGGCAUUUAGUACAGUAGUUGGAACACAUAAACCUGCACUGCCGCUGUUCAUAUGGAACGAAAAAGAAUGGUAAGGUGGAAUGAAGUUAAAGAUCUGCAGUCAAAUCUUUCAUCGUUGCACAUUUUAGAGAAACAAUACUGCAAAUUAAAUAAAUUUAGCCAACGUGUAUUUUUUUUAAAAAAAAUGAGAUUUUAAAAUUACUGUUAGUUUAAAAUGUUUUAAAUUUCUUUUUAUAAUACAUAACUAAAAUCCAUAGCUUAUCAUGCAGGUUAACUGCUCCAAGGCAAAUGCAUCAAGUAGAACACAAUGCUGGUUCUACUAUAUAAGUGUUCAUGUGGUUAAAAAAACAAAUAAGAAAAUAAAACAAAUUAUCUUUA